UCCAAAUCCAUUCCAUCAGCAUUCAGCAGUUUCUUCACAUCAAAUUAAAUCAAUCAUCCAUCAGUUUCAUUUUUGUUUUGUGCGAAUAAAGCUUUCGCUUUUGUGAUCAUAUUGUUUGCAAAAUCCAAGUAAAACGACAUGGCUGCUCCUCCUCGAGAAACAAUACAAAAACAAAUCCAACAAGACUGGGCAAAUAGAGAAUACAUUGAAGUUAUUACAGGAAGCAUCAAGAAGAUUACAGAUUUUCUAAAUUCUUUCGACAUGUCAUGCCGAUCCCGACUUGCUACACUGAAUGAGAAGCUGACAUCACUGGAAAGAAAGAUUGACUAUUUGGAGGCUUGUGUAACUAAAGGGGAGACUCUCACAUAGUAAUUACAGUAACUUUUUAUUUCUUACUUUAUUUGACCAUCAUUAUUUAAAUGUACGCCAAAAACAAGUUUAGGAGCCCACACUAAUAUUUGAUACUAUAAUCAAACAUAUAUUCAAUCAAUUUAUCAAUAUUUAAUACUUCAUAAUGGUUAGUUGAUGAAUAUUUAAUGUAAGUUCAUAUAUCUUCAUAAUCAUAACAUUAAAAGAUCACUAAUUAAACUUGAUCUUUCAAAAUAAAGUAAAACUCCUUGAUGGCAUUUUUGUAUGUAUUAGAAAUUAAAUAUAUGUAAUAAUGACUCAUUUUGUAAUUGGUUCCGGGUUGGAAAAAAAUACUAAAUAUUGUGACUCAAUCUCAAGUAUUUUUUUUUUGUAUGAAUUUUCUGAUAUUUACAUAUUAUUGGAAUCCAAAAUCAAUAGUAAUCUUAUUUAAAUAUAAAUUUAAAAAAUAAGAAGUAUAAAAUAUUAUUGAAAAUCGAGCCUUAGUCGCUAAUAGAGUAAGGAAACUAAAAAAAUUGAGCACCUGAUGAAAAUGUUGAUAGUACAUGAAUAAAAUAGAGAAAUUAUUUAUUGGUCUGUAUUAACUUGUUUUAAUUACUUCUAUUUUGUUGCCAAAUGUCCAAGUAACUUUUACUUAUUAGUAAAAAAAAAGUUUAUCUUCUGAGGGCGAAAGUUGGCAGUUGGCGAGGGUUGGCAUUUCACAUCUGAUUAACGAAUCGACUCGCAGUGAGACGUAGCGAACCAAUCACAAAGCGGAAUAGUGUCGUAACGACAACCACACCGCUAUGCGAUUGGUUAGUUGCGUCACACUGCGAAUCGACUCGAUGUGAUAUUUCUGAUGUUGGGCUCCAAAAUAUGUUUUAAAGUGAGGAAUUGAGGGGGAAUCAAUAAAUGUACUGCACAAACUUGGUUUAUUGAUGUAAUUAAAAUGCUUUUUAUUUAUUUUUAUAUAUUUAUCUAAUUUUUUUACACUUUUAGGUUAUUAUAUAUUUUUACACAAAAUUGCCCUGUUGUUCAAAACAAAGAUAUAGCAUAUUUUAAAGUAUGUUUCGUCACUAUCGCACUUUACAAAAUUUGGCAUUGACAGAACGAGACAAACAUAGGCAAUUUAGCUUAUAGUAUGCUUCAUCUUUUUAAGAAGAACAGGGUUAUAUUAUAAAAAUUAAUUGAUCAACAAUAUACUACUUAGGUUACUCGAUAAUAACGACAUACGUUCAUGUUAUUUUGUAAGUGAAUUACUCCUAAAUUAAGACUUUGUAUUAGUAUCAUGUAAGCAUUUAAUUAGAAUUUAAUAAUAUACAAUUCUAUUAUA